CUUGUUUGGUCUAGACAAAAUGGCGAGCCUCAUAUAGGGGUCGAGUGUGAUCUCCUGCCACAUUUAAAUCCUUUUUUUGUGAGUUUAAAACCCACUUUGUGACCUAUUCUGACCACCAUGUUAGCUAACAUUGCUCUGCGAACCGUCCUGAAGUCUUCAGUCGGUGUUUUCCGAGGGAGCGGCUGCUCUGCAUUGACAGCAGCACCGAGACUCACAGGCGGUUGCUUUGCUAUUCCGCCACCAGUGAGACAUUAUGCUCGUGUUGCAAAGAAAAAGCAGACCGGCCCUGAGAGCCAGCUCAGUGAUCUUCCUCCAACAAUGCUGAAGAGUGGCUAUGCAGCCGUUCCCCUCUCGCAAACGACUGAUGAUCUUGUCAAAAGACUUCUGUCAUUGGAGAUGGCGUGCCAUAGUGACAAGCUCCAGCUGAAAAAGGAACAGCUGAUUGCUAAAGUCCAGAGGGAUGAGAAUGACUACACCUCAGUGGAAGUCCGGGGUGAGUUUCUCCAAUGCUGUUCAUAGUGUGUUCGCUGAAAA